UACCCAGAAUUCGCCUGUGUCAAAAAGUCUAGAUUUUUUUAUGAUCAUCGUAGCGUGCGUAGCAAGCGUUUCUGUGGAGCUCUCUCGCUCUCUAUUCCUUCUGAAACUCUACAGAAACGCUUCUUACGCAGGCUAUGAUCAUCGUAGCGAGGCAUCUGCGCGCACCGCAUGGGUUUUCUCAGAGAUUUUAAGCAACAAUAAGUGUAUCGCCGAGAGUAGAUGGGAUACCAAUCACGAGUAACAUCCUGUAAUUACUUAAACGCCAAAUCACCCAAAAGACACCUGUUUCACCAAUUUUCUCCGAUUCUUUAAAAGGUCCAGAAGUGAUCCAUGUAUAAAAAGAUUUUUUUAAGAAAUCGGUAGUUGUUUAAACGAUUUACGUUUUUGGAAUAGAAAAACAUGGCCUAUGUUACCCGAUCUUUUAGUCCGAAAGGAAGACUUUGUUAACAUAAUAAAGGAAGUGGAGAAUAUAAAAAAACUCGUACGUGUAACGUGCAAUUUAUUCAGUGCUUGUCGGAAAAGUAGCUGCUCGUUUUUGCAAUUAUUUAACUUUUGAUACCGUGACCGUGUUUUUGUUUGUUCCACUUGAAGAGGAAAUUGGUAAGAUAAUAUGGUAUAAUUUAGGAACAGUUUUAAAUUUCAAAAGGGUAGAAAGCCAGGUGUUUAUAGAGUAUUAUUUUUGUGAUUUUAGACAAUUCAAAAUAGGUUUUGUCUUGCCUAUUUAGGGUUUGUCAAGACUAGACAUUCGACAAGUCGCUCUUUGAGUGUGCUAAGUAGGAUAUUCGACAAGUCGCUCUCUGAGUGAGUCAAGAAGGAUAUUCGACAAGUCGCUCUCUGAGUGAGUCAAGAAGGAUAUUCGACAAGUCGCUCUCUGAGUGAGUCAAGAAGGAUAUUCGACAAGUCGCUCUCUGAGUGAGUCAAGAAGGAUAUUCGCCAAGUCGCUCUUUGAUUGUGUCAAGAGGAAUAUACACCAAGUAGCUCUUUGAGUGUGUCAAAAAAGGGCUCGCCAAGUCGAAGUCGAUCUCUGUGGUUUCUAGAAGGACAUCCGCAAAAGCCGCCUUUUAAAUCUCGAACAUUCGUUAAGGAUCGAAGAACUUUUAGAUAAAGGAACCUUGUUUAAACAUGAACUUGAUUCUCUUAGUAUUAAUUGCUUUACACUUUUUGGUACUCGUUAUUGGUAUAAUUGGCAACGUCUCCGUCAUUAGAGUUGUUUGGUCGACGCGUUCGAUGCACACGACAACAAACUACCUCUUAGCAAAUCUCGCACUGGCUGACAUUAUAACCCUUUCUACAAACCCCUACUUGUAUAAAUUAUUAUUCAAUCUAGUUUUGCACUUUAGCAGUAACAGAUGGAGCCUUUUAGCAAAAGACUGGUUGUGUAGGCUUAUCAUGGAGAACGGUAUAGUUGGGGUGUUUAUUUGCGUUUCCGUAACGCUACUUACAGUCGUAGCUGUUGAACGCUUUAACGCCAUGGUUAAACCUUUGAGUCCAAGAUUCAGCAUACAAAAAGAACAAGUGUGGAAAAUUGUGAUUUUGAUAUGGUUUGUGAGUGUUCUGCUAAAUAUCCCGAUUUUUAUUGACGUUGAAUUCGACCCUCAUACCAACAGAUGCAUAUCGGCGUUAGAUAUGACCACUUACCGAAAGAGUACUGUAGUAUAUUUGGCUAUCUACUUUGGAGUGAAUUUUUUUAUUCCUGGCGUAAUAAUUACAGUUUGCUAUUUGUCCAUUCUAAAAGGACUUCUUAUCACUAAAUCCAUCUGUUCUGCAACAGUCGAGACGAUUCAAGGGCAAGAGGAGAAGAAAAAGCUGGCCAAACUUCUAACAUCUGUCACAGUUGUUUACUACUGUUGCUUUGCGCCUUUUCUCACCUUCAUGAUCUACAUGGCUUUUGUAAAGAUCCUCUAUAACCAAGCCAUGAAUGCGUCAACACUCCUCACCAAUACUUACCUUAUUACGUCCUCUCUCAGUCUCUUUAACUCAUGCCUCAAUCCAGUCUUGUACGCUUUCCAAAGCUCAAAGUACAGGCGAGCUUUUGCGAGACUUUUCACGUUCAAUUUCAUGAAAGUUAGCCGACAAGUCGGUGUCCUUGUCGUAGCUACGGAUGCCAGGUCAAGGUCAACCAUCCAGAGACAAAGUACGCAAACCCUUUAAAAGUCGAUACGACGUUAGUACACAUACACCAGGGAUGGUACCAAAUGGUAACAGAUGUAUUGGGUCUUGGCAAGAGAUUAUCUUAUGCUCUCUUGGUCUUGAGGAAUUUAACACUUGAGCAUCAUGGAUAUUCCAGACAUUUUGUGUUUAUAGGAAAGCAUUCUUAGGGUACCUCAUGUGUACUAAUAGAUCUAUUAUAGCUGAUUUUAACUAACCUUCACAGAGCUCACAGAGGAAAUAAAAAUUAUCACUUCUUUCAGCUAGGCGAGUGUGUGUUUUUAUUUAACACCCAAAAACCACAAAUUGUGAGCUUUGGUGGUUAAAGGACUCCAGCGAUACGAAGCGAAAACACGAUUCAAGUGUUUGUGUUUACCCAUCACACUAAAUGAAAUUCUGCUUCUAUGUACUUCUAGCAAAUAAAAGGUACUUGCUUGGUUUAUCUCCAACAACUUUCGUGUUUUUGUAAUGCUUUUCUGUCAAGACAUACUCUCGUAUGGCUUGACUAGUUUGGUCACUGUUGUCUGGUGCACACUAGUGACAUAAUGUCAUAGGCUCGCGCACCUUUUAUUUUCAUUGGCGCGCGCUGUUUGUUCGAAUUUUUCGGUAUUAAGUGCCCGCUCGCGCCACAGUGAUAAUUUUAUUCCAAUAAAUACCAAUACAGGUAUAUUAGGAUAAUAUACAAAGUAGGUUGGCUUAUAUGCCUAUCCUCUAUUCAUAAUAUUUAAUUACAUCAUCACAAAAUUUCAGGACUAGGCUCGUAAUGGAGUCAUCUGUUAAGCUCAUAAUAUA